GACGUCGAACGUUAGAACCCGGAUGUGAGUUCAACCAUGAAGAUGACGGGCGAAAACAGUGCUGGAGAGUUGAAAAUAACAAUGGAAGAUGUUAAAAACCUCGUUAAAAAGAAAGAUGAAAUCGAGGAACAGAUAAAGGCUUAUUACGACGUUUUGGCAGACCAAGGUGUUGGAGUCGAAGGCCCGCUGGUGGACGCAGAGGGCUUCCCCCGAGCAGAUGUUAAUGUGUACCACGUCAGGACAGCAAGACACAGUAUCUCGUGCCUGCAGAACGAUCACAAGGCCAUCAUGGAGGAGAUCGAAGAGGCCCUACACAAGCUGCAUGCUGGGGAGAAGGCCAAGCGGGGAAGAGAUGAGGCAGGAGCCCAGGAGGAGGCGAUGGAGCAGCAGGUCACUCUUCCCCCUCCCUUUGCACGGGUGGAUGCUGUGACGCAAGGCUCACCCGCCUGUGGAGCUGGUCUCAGGGUUGGUGAUGAACUCAUUGAGUUUGGUUCUGUGAACACGGAGAACUUUCAGAACCUCCAGAAUAUCGCUUCUGUGGUUCAACACAGUGAGGGUAAACCAUUAAGUGUCACAGUGAUCCGGGAUGGCAAGAAGGCCCAGAUGAGCCUGACUCCUCAGCGAUGGUCGGGCAGAGGUCUGCUGGGAUGCAACAUUGUUCCAAUCCAUCGAUGAUCAACAUGACAUGCAGAAUUUUGUUCUUUCUUGUGUUAUCGCUGGGUGGUUUGAAACUGACUUUCUACACACAAAUAUCCACCGGUCUCAAUAUCUCAAUCCAAACUGGUACCUUUUUCUUUAUAUAAAGGCAGCCUUCAAGAUGGUAGAGAUGAAAAUAAAGUGUUAAAAGUA